UUUUCUGUAAAGUAGCCGUUACAUAUAAGUAGGUGGGUUUUAUUUCAAAAUGCACCAAAAAGCCGCUCUCUUCGAUAUUCUGAAAAGGGGGAAAAUAAAAAGAAGAUCAUUCCUUAUUGGGUUGUUGCUAUCGCAACGACGUCGUUUCUUCUCUUACACGUUUGUUAUAAAAAAGACUCUUUCUCUCUCCGGAGAAAGAAAAAGUAAAAGAACGCUCUUUCUUAUUCAUCUCUCUCGUACCCUUCUUCUACUUCGAUCAUUCCUGAAUCCGUUUUGAUCGAAACCAUUUCCAUCUCCAUAAAUUUUUUGAUCGUCGCGUAGUCUGUCAAUUACAAGCGGAAAAGGAUGGCGGCUGUGAAUGGGUACCAAGGAAAUACUCCGGCGGAGACAACACCGGCAGCCACCGGAUCGAAGCAACCUGCUCCUCCGACUAAGACCGUCGAUAGCCAAUCCGUUCUCAAAAGGCUGCAAUCUGAACUAAUGGGUCUAAUGAUGGGAGGUGAUCCGGGGAUAUCAGCUUUCCCAGAGGAAGACAACAUAUUCUGCUGGAAAGGAACUAUCACAGGAAGCAAAGAUACUGUUUUUGAAGGAACUGAGUACAGACUCUCACUCUCUUUCUCCAAUGACUAUCCUUUCAAACCUCCAAAAGUCAAGUUUGAGACUUGCUGCUUCCACCCCAACGUUGAUCUCUAUGGCAAUAUUUGCUUGGACAUUCUUCAGGAUAAAUGGUCAUCCGCUUACGAUGUGAGGACGAUAUUGCUUUCAAUUCAAAGCCUUCUUGGAGAACCGAACACUAGCUCCCCAUUGAACAAUCAAGCAGCUCAGCUUUGGAGCAACCAAGAAGAGUAUAGGAAGAUGGUGGAGAAGCUCUACAAACCUUUAAACGCAUGAUUCUGAAAAAGCCUCUCUGUAACUUGAUGCAAAAGUGUCACUCGCAUUGGAAUGAUCAUGUUUCUUGUUUUACUUUGUAAUCCCAACUCGUGCCGAUCAAUCUUAGCAAUCAAAAACUCUUCUUUUUGCAGUUACAAUCUCAGUACUUUCAGUCAAAACCAAUAAUAUGUUCCAUACAAACCCA